AUGGAGAGCUUUGGGAGCUAUCCACUCGCACUAGGUGUGCUGUUCGCCCUCUUCAGCCCCUCCAUUGCUACAUACCUUCCAUCCUCUGUACUCCUCUCCCCACAAAGCGACUCCCUCGCGUAUAUCCUCCGACCCAGCUCCACUGGCGAAACCGAAUUCCUGUCCUUGAACCUGUCCACCAGUAUCAAUGCCGAUGACCUAUCCUAUCAUACUCUGCUCAGCAGUACACCAUUCCAUAAUCCAGGCCAGAACUCGACGUUCAUCCCCGCCAUCAACAAUGAGGGGUCCAUAACCGUCUAUGCCGGGAAUUGUCACAACACAUCCGAUAGCCCGACACUAUGGCAGUUUCACCCAAACAGCAACAGCUCAGUCGGCAACGGGACAUGGGAUAAGUUGGGCGUUCUCUCAAACGACAUCCAAACCGCCCCAAACUACCUCGCAGCGGGGUUUACAUACUCAUCAUCCGGCCAGCCAAAUGAGACCGCCAUGUACGCCUUUGGAGGAAUGUGUCCAUUCGCAAACAGCACGGACCAGACGUGGGUAUCGGCAGCAAAUUACUCUCAGUCGAUGGUAGCUCUAGGUCCGAGUCCCUACUACAGCAACAAGUACACCGCGGAGACCACGGGGAAGCGCGCACCACCAGUCGCUGAAGCGGGCAUGGCUGUCGUGGCCCUUCAGGCCACUUAUUCCGCCGAUUCAACUGGGAAACAGCAGGACUUCCUUUUCGUUGGUGGUCAUACCAGACAUGCGUUCCUCAACAUGUCGACGCUUGCUAUUUUCUCGCUGCCGCAGCAGAGUUGGAGCUUCGUUUCGACCUCGGACAACAUACCAAAGACCGAGCUGGCUAUUCGCGAUACGGCCUCCGUGGAACCCCGUUCUGGCCAUACAGCAACUCUCUCCGAAGAUGGAAAGAAAGUGUUUGUGGUUGGUGGUUGGGUGGGCGAUACAACUGUCCCUGCCGAUCCGCAAUUUGCAGUUCUAGAAAUCAAGGAAGGGUUCGGCGGCGCUACGGAGUGGAUCUGGACGACACCAUCUUCGGAAGGAGUGGGUAUCACCAAGGGUGCUGGCAUCUUUGGACAUGGAGCCGCAAUGCUCCCAGGAGAUGUGAUGAUGAUUUCAGGAGGCUAUACCAUUCCGAAACAAUCGGCGAAACGGGCAGUAUCGACUGCCAAUUCGCAAUUUUACCUCUAUAACACGACAUCAAAUAGCUGGGUUACGUCCUACAACAACCCUGCGGCCAAUUCCUCCACAUCAUCGUCCAGUCACAGUGCCAAUCUUUCGAAGGGUCAAAAAGCUGGCCUUGGAGUUGGUCUGGGUAUUGGAUGCCCAGCUGCUCUGGCUCUUGUAUUAUUUGCAUGGAACCUUCAUCGCAAGCGACGUGUACGGGGAAAGCGAGACUCACAGCUUCGCGAGUUGGCUCUCGGGGCCGAACGAGCUCAUUUCUGGGGUCGAGAGGACCCUAACCAGGCCAGCAGUAUCCGAAGCUCUGGAAUGAGCGAGAAAAGAGACUCUUCUGUUUACCCUUGGUCGGCAAAUCGCAAUGGAGGAGCUCGACCCAACUGGAAUGACCAGGGUGAAGGCACGGCAGAGAGAACUGGGCUACUCAUGGAUCCUCCCAGCCCAGUCAAGAACAACCGAGUCCCUGUACCGAAGAAUACAAGACCAUGGUCAUGUCGUAUGUCAGGACACAGUGAUUUCAGACGCAGUGAUGCUACCAGCGAAAUCCACCCUAUCGAUGAGCGCGAGGAGGACGAGGCUAUUUUCAGAGAGCGCUUGAUGGCAACCAUUCCCGCUGGAAAUGGGACUGCAAAGACUGCAGAGCCAGAGGCUGAAGAUCCAUUCUCAGAUACUCCCUACGCAACCCCACGAAGCACCAUCUUCGGCGUUGGCUUGGGUCCAUUUUACAGCCGACGGAAAGACAUUGGAUCAGUUGAUCCGGAGUCUCCCACCAAGAGUGAACGAACACAAACCAGUCUAUCCGAUGCCUCAGCCUUCUCCUUUGACUCUUCUCAGCCAGUCGGCAAAGUCGCAACAGCCCGAGCUAUGGUCAUUGACAGACCUGUAAGCUGGGCAAGCAGUGGCCGUCAAUCACUCGAAAAUAUCGCCGCAGCCUCAACACAUAGCGACCCUGGCAACAUUGCUCCGUCUGAGAACUCAGUCUCAGCAGACUCUUACUCAACAGCACAGACAACCAUCUCUCAACGCCAAGCAGAGAACGACUCCCUCCUCUUCGACGCCCUCGAGCCAAUCAACCACUUUGAAUCAUCCUCUCCCUCGAAACUCCGCCGAGAUUCUAGACCCAGAGCCUCAGAAUGGGUUAUGCAAACAAUGCGCCGAGCCCUAACCAUGACCCGCGGCGGCUCCCAAUCCCAGCGAGACCCCCACGAAACAGCCCCACUAGCAUCAGGAAUUGACCGCCGCAGCACAGUCAUUGGCGCAGGCCAACUAUCCCCAAUACCAGGUUCCUCAGGAGCAGGCACACCCCGCCGAGCAGUCAGCGCCUCAGCCGAACUCUUCCGCCGCAAACAAGGCGCCAAAGACUGGAACGCCCGGAAACGCGUCUCGGACGAUGUCUUCAAUACAGUUCGCUCUACACGCGAUGAUCUCUUCGUCGGUGCACCAGGUUAUCUCGGUAACGAAGAUGCUUUCGUGGAUGAUGAGGCUGAUAUGCAUGAUUGGGAUGUUGAAGGUGCUGCCGAGGGUAGGCGUGUGCAGAUGACUUAUACUGUCCCCCGAGAAAAGUUGCGUGUUGUUAAUGCUACCGCUGGUGAUAUGGAUACUAUCUCCGAGCGGUCCAUUAAUCGUGCCACUGGGAAUCGGAGGGUGAGCACUUAG